GUAUGCAGAGAAAACCUAUGUCCGCAUAUCGAGAUAGAACGGCAGCGUUUCCAUUUAGAAUUCCGAUUUCCGAAAAUUUGCGACUGCGACCUUCAAGUGAAAUGGUAAGAAUGCUCAUUAUUUAGCUAGCCCCAGCUCAGCUCCCUGUCGCUGUGAUUCUGAAGAGUUACAGAUUUUAGAUUUUUAAGAGUUAAAUAAUUAUUUUGGACUUUGGAGCCAAACCCUAAAUGCCUAAGAAUAUCUACACAGUUUCAAGGCAAAGCCCAGUUAAAUGUAAGUUAGAUUGAUACCAAAAACGGAGAGAUGAUGAUGCAAGUCUCCUCAACUCAAUCAAGAGCAAGAGGAAUACCCUUUUCAACUCUUUCACUUUCAUCUCCUACCAUCAUCAGUUCUAGCAACUCCAGGUCUCUUUCAGUGUGUAGCUUUUGUAGGACCUUUCAGCCAAAUAAAGUCACCAUCAACUGCCUGAUCCUCUCAGCAAUGAGCAAUGCCUGCAUAACUAGAUUCAGCAGGAUUCACCAUAAAGCAGUGACACCAUUUUCCUCAAAGACAAGGCAUGAAAAUGGAAUAUGCAGAAAAUUUUCAACCUGCACAGCACCAUUGAUAUCUAAAACUGCCCCUCUCAUUGUCCGUAGUCCCUCAUCACUAGUGGUGGUUUCCAGCCUUACCCCAAAUGAUACACUCCAGCGGUCUGAUGAAUGGUUUGCACUUAGAAGGGACAAGCUGACUACAAGCACCUUCAGUACUGCCUUGGGUUUUUGGAAGGGAAGCCGUCGAGCUGAGCUCUGGCAUGAGAAAGUAUUUGCCUCUGAGGUACAACCUAUUGAAGGUUCUAAAAGGUUUGCUAUGGAAUGGGGUGUGCUCAAUGAAGGGGCAGCUAUAGACAGAUACAAAAGCAUCACUGGUCGUGAUGUGAGCUCAUUAGGAUUUGCAGUCCAUGCAGAGGAGCGAUUAGGUUGGGUUGGAGCUUCCCCAGAUGGUCUUCUUGGUUGCUUUCCAGGAGGUGGCAUCCUAGAAGUGAAGUGCCCAUAUAACAAGGGAAAGCCUGAAACUGCUCUGCCCUGGUCAACCAUGCCUUUCUAUUACAUGCCUCAGGUGCAGGGCCAAAUGGAGGUGAUGAACAGAGAAUGGGUUGAUUUGUAUUGCUGGACACCAAAUGGAAGCACAAUAUUUCGCAUUUGCAGGGAGCGUGACUACUGGGAGCUAAUACAUGGGGUUUUGCAUGAGUUUUGGUGGGAAAAUGUAAUUCCUGCCAGGCAAGCUCUGGCUAUGGGGAGGGAAGAGGAGGCUAAGUCAUAUAAACCGACAUCCACGCAUAGACGGACAGGGCUUGCAAUUGUUAAGAGCAUGAAAUUGGCCACUGAGGCCAAGUUAUUGUGUAGGGAGAUUGCAGGUCAUGUUGAAUUUUUCAGAUGAUGGUUCCAAACUGAAAAGGUUGGGCAACUGAUUCUGUUUUGUUGUUCCUUAAUUUAAUUUUUAAACCAUUGGCUUCCAAAUGGUUACUGUAUAUUUUUAAAAUUAUUGAAUUCUCAUUGAUAAGAAAAUUUACUGUUUCUUAACAGAAUCCUUCAAUUAAGAGUGGGGAUCAAUUUUAGCUCCUAUUUGUUGUUAUCAUUGACUAUA